AUGACUACUCCAACGCUGAUCAACCUCCCACCUCCACCUUCAGACCCCGUCACACCAUCUGAUAUGGGACCAGGCACCCCCAAUUCAGGCCUCUCAGCCCUAUCAACAACAGCCAUAAAAGACGGCCACCAAGGCGCACCAUUCCCGCACGCUCGCCACACCCACCAAUCCUCCUCAGCAUCAACCUCAUCAACAACAACCCUAGACGCUGAGCGCGCAGACCGCAUCUCCCGCCUCGCAGGCCUAGAACGAGUAGCAACAGCCCGAGCAGGCGGCCACUACUCCCCCGCCAACGCCAACGCCAACCCCACAACCUCCAUGCCCCCAUCCCAUACCCCCGGCGCCGCAGCCUCAUACGGCUACUUCGACAGUCCCGCCACGCUGAAAGAGCGCAGCACCGUCGGUAGCGCAAGCGCAACAGGCAGUCUGGGCGGCAACACGUACACCAGCACCUGGGCCAGCGGCAGCGAAGCCUACGAAGACAAAAUGAGCGAAGACACUGACCUCGCGGACCGGGACCGGGACCGCGACCACGACGACGCCUUUUCUAGCGUGAGUAAUGCCAGUGAUGAAGGGAAUGCGAGUCUGGUAGGGUUCGGUGAGGGCGCGAGUAGUACGAUCAGUGGUCCUACUUCGCGGCCGCCGCCUGGGUUGACGCGGAUGGCGUCUGGUGGGCCGGGGACGGGGCCAAGACCGACGUCUAUGAGUUCGAAUGUUGGUCGGUCGAAUCCGUUGGCGUCGUAUUUGCAGCAGCAGAGUCCUUCGUUGUAUCAGCAGCAGUUGGGGUCGGGCGGGGAUGAGGGGAUGGCGGUUUCGCCGGCUGGGUCGAAUACGCCUGAGCCGAUGGAUGAUGCGCGUAUGGUUGAUGGGAUGACUUUUGAUAGUGAUGUUGUUGAUACUACGGCUAGGACGCCUCGUCUUGCUUCGCCUUUUGAAAGGGGUAGUGAGGGUGGUGUAGGUGGUGGUGGUGGGUUUGGGACUCCGCGGGAAUAG